AUGGCUUCCAUCCCUUUCAUUAAGACUCUCAACUCAACCUGUGUUUUAGUUUCUUUGCUUCUACUCCUGCAACCGUUUCUAGUCAAGUGUCAUGGCGGCGAAGAACACGACAGUGUUAGUGGCACUGAGGACGAACAUAAAGUUCUGCAUUCGAAAGGCUUGGUUUUGGUGAAAGUAUGGUGUUUGAUUAUUCUACUGGUGAGCACUUUCGCCGGUGGGAUCUCCCCCUACUUCUACCGAUGGAACGAAAGCUUUCUUCUCUUGGGCACGCAAUUUGCUGGUGGGGUUUUUCUUGGUACCUCUUUGAUGCAUUUCUUGAGUGACUCAGCUGGGACAUUUGCUGACCUUACCACCAAAACAUACCCUUUUGCAUUCAUGCUAGCAUCGGCUGGGUAUCUGCUAACCAUGCUCGGCGAUUGCAUAGUGCUAUUCGUGACAAGUUCCAGCGAAAAAGAAGCUAGAGUGGAAGUGGAGGAGGGAAGGACUGAUGCAGAGCAUGAUCAUAAGGAGGAUGAAGAUGGCGUCAGCCCGGUUUUCUUGAAGACAUCGUCUUUCGGAGACACCAUACUUCUCAUCCUCGCCCUUUGUUUUCAUUCGGUUUUUGAGGGUAUUGCUGUUGGAGUUGCAGAUACAAAGGGAGAUGCAUGGAGGAAUCUGUGGACGAUAUCAUUGCACAAGAUUUUUGCAGCCAUUGCUAUGGGGAUUGCAUUACUGAGAAUGCUACCUAAGAGGGCAUUGCUGGUGACUGCAGCUUACUCUUUCGCUUUUGCUGUUUCUAGCCCCAUUGGAGUAGGCAUAGGAAUUGCCAUUGAUGCCACAACUCAAGGACGUGUAGCUGAUUGGAUUUAUGCCAUUUCCAUGGGGCUUGCUUGUGGGGUUUUCAUCUAUGUUGCAAUCAACCAUCUCAUUGCCAAAGGCUUCAAGCCACAAGCCAAAUCUUACUUUGACACUCCAGCUUUCAGGUUUCUUGCUGUGCUUCUUGGGGUGGGAGUGAUAGCAGUUGUUAUGAUCUGGGAUUAAUUAAUGAGCUAAUUAAAAUUACCAGAAAUGGAUUUCAAUAAUUUGCGUUGUGUUUGUUUAAAACCAAGAAUGUUCGAGUGUUUUCUGGAAUUGGAAUUGGACAAUGGUUAUCCUGU